GAGCAUCUGGAGGGAAGGCGAGCAUCUGGUGCUUGGACUUCUCGAGCCCUCCAGUCUCAGACGCGCGGCCCGCUGUCGCUCGGGCAGAGGAGAAAGAGGAGCGGAGAGGAGCGUGGGUCGCCAUAACCAUGCGCUCCAGCUGCACCGCUCGCGGACCGUUGGCCGCCUGCGCGCUCGCGCUGCCAGGCGUCGUCGGCGGCGCUCCGCCUUCGAAAUUCGAUGGGCGCGGGCCGGGCAAUCGACCGCGCUCUGGCUGCGACUUCGGGCUCGCGCUGAAUCGUCGUUCUCCUUCUUGUUCUCGUGGCCUCGUGCACUCUCCUCCUCCUCCUCCUCAUCGAAUUGCGUCUCGCGGAUCGGGAUUGGCGACGAGGCGAGCGACGGAGUCGUCGUCGUCGUCCUCCUCGGCUCUGAAGGAGAUGGAGGAAGUUCAAUUCGCCGAGUCCGAAGCUUUGGUGCCUGCGGGUGUGGCGAACGAUUUGGUCCCUGAAGCUCUCGUGUGGGCUGCCCUCCAUGGAUUCGUGGUCGGCGACAGGUCCGUGGCGAGCUCCGGGACCACUCCCGGCGUCGGUAUGGCCCAUGUUCCUUUCUCCCUUCUGCCCACGCCCAUCCCCGCCACGGCCUUUGCGCAGGCCGUGGAGUUGUCUUCUCUCUUCAAUGAUCUCAUCGACAGAGUCAGUUUGGAUGUGGACUUUCUGAAGCAGGCGCUCGCCCGAACUCAGAAGGCCGACGAUUUCACAGCCAGGCUUCUGUCGAUGUAUUCUACGAUUCUGGACGAAGGAGUGAAGCAGGACAUUCGGCUCGGACUCAGUCGAUCGGAUUAUAUGUUAGAUGUCGCCACCGGUGAUCUCCUUCAAGUGGAGCUGAACACCAUAUCUUGUUCUUAUCCUGGAUUAGGAUCUGUUGUCAGUGAUUUGCACAAGUAUCUCGUCACUGAGCUUGAAUCGUCGACCAAGCUGGACAGCAGUAGGGUCCCUGAGAAUAAGGUCACUGAAGGGUUUGCCAAAGCUUUAUCGCUUGCUUGGAAGGAGUACGGGAACAAAAGUGCCGCAAUUCUCAUGGUUGUUCAAGGGGAAGAGUGGAAUAUGUACGAUCAACAUUGGCUAAGUUACCGAGUGAAGGAAUUGUACGGAAUUCGGGUGAUUCGGAAAACUCUGGCGCAGGUCCACGCGCAGGGGAGUAUUACCGCCGAUGGAAUGCUGGUCAUUGAUGGUCAGGCUGUAUCUGUGGUCUACUACAGGUCUGGUUACACUCCUGCUGACUAUCCCUCCGAGGUUGAGUGGGAAGCGAGGCUGCUUAUGGAACGCUCUUCAGCCGUCAAAUGCCCAUCAAUCUCAUACCACUUGGUUGGAGCGAAGAAGAUACAACAAGAGUUGGCCUUGCCAGGUGUGCUUGAGAGAUUUGUACCUGAUAAACAGGUAGCUGCAAGCUUAAGAAAAUGUUUUGCUGGUUUAUGGGGUUUGGAAGGUGCCGAGAGUGAAUCCAUUAUACAAACCGCUAUCAAAGAACCGCAUAGAUUUGUGCUGAAACCACAAAGAGAAGGAGGAGGCAAUAACACCUAUGGGGACGAUGUGGCGAGCAAGCUGACUGAGCUGAUAGCGGCAGGGGGUGAUGGGCUUGCCGCGUACAUUCUAAUGCAGAGAAUCUUCCCGGCGGUACACACCUCAUAUCUAGUUCGCCGCGGUGCCUACUCUGCAGAGAAAACUGUCUCCGAAUUGGGAAUAUUUGGCGCUUACGUUCGAAACGGAGACCGAGUUAUUUUGAAUGAGCAAUCGGGUCAUCUGUUGAGAACGAAAGUGUCACACUCUAAUGAAGGUGGAGUUGCAAGUGGAUACGCCGUGCUCGACAGCCCUUAUCUCAGUUGAGAUGUUCACCGCACCGUAUAUAAAUUCUUUUGGAUCCGCUUAUAUGUCCCAUUCAAAUGGAAGGACUUCAAAUUAUCCUUUGUCAUAUAAUUGCAGCAGACAAUUUUCAAAAGAAAGCCUGUCUGGUUGGAUUUCGGUUACCAAGAAAACAGCGAAGAAUAUGUUAAUAUUCUAGAAGAAGGACUUGCCAGAAGGACUUGCCUCUUUCCGGAGAAACUGUGCUCCCUGCGGCUGUAGAAGGUAACCACUCCUCGCUUUUAGAUUUCACCUGUCCAAUCGUUCGUAAUAUACCUUAGAAUGUAACCAUGCAUCUUCAUGGCUACGUUUGAAGAUUCUGGGUCUCACAAUUAGAUGACUGCUUUAGACCUUCUUUGAGGGUCGUCCAUUUUUCCCCAAAGUAAUCAUUCAUUUGGUCCACUUUAAGAAGAUGGUGACAUCUGUACAGAGGUUUAGUUUGCACUGUUAGCGGCCUUGCAGAUACAUUUAUCAUUGUAUUUCAUAUCCACUUCUUUCCUCUACGAACUCUGCAGCAAAACCCAGGCUGAUUUAAUGUUAUCUCACAAUUUUCUUCCAAUUUCACGGCAACUCUACAGUAUUUUGGCCAAGUAAACUGCAAAGCUCUGGUUGGGUAGUGGGAACAAGCAUGACACAGAGCUGCGAUGUAUUCGUCGGGGACUACGUUAAUAUGUACUGUGUCUCGAACGGGGCAGCUUACUGCCAUGUGAGAAGAAAAUACCCGUAUGAUAUGGUUGUGGAUCGUAGUUACUUACCUGGUGGAUCUAAACCGACUGCUAAGAUCCCCUGCCUCCAAACUUACGUACUUAAUGGUAGUUUUGCUAUAUUUGCGCAGGUAAACUUUCUGUCAUUUGCCGAACAUAAUUGGCUGGCAGCAACGAAGGUACAUCUGAAAUGAUUUAGGAGAGGCACAUUAUCAUAAGAGCAGUGCCUGUGUUUUCUAUUCAUGCAAUAAAUCCUCAAAGCCCUAGAUUCUGGCAUC